GCUCGUGCCAUGCUGGAUAGAUAGAUGCUCAAAAUUAUAAAAGGACAAAAGAUGUGACAUUUAAAAGUAUUUCCGCCAGAAAUGGAUGCAAGUCUAGCUGCAUAAUCCUAAACUCCUUGCUUGAGUACCAGGACGGAUUGUUUUAUCUUUCUGAGUCUGUCUCUCUGCACUGCCAAGAUGCCAGUUUUGGACCAAGAGCCCUCAAGGGAUUCAGGAGGGGGAGAUGGUCUUCCUAAGCUGCCACUGCCUGCUCUGAAAGACACACUGGACAUGUACCUGAGCUGCAUGAAGCACUUGCUCACAGAGGAACAGUUCAACAAGACCCAAAAUGUAGUGAAGCAGUUUGGAGCCCCAGGAGGAAUGGGGGAGCUACUUCAGAGCAAACUCAUGGAGAGAAGGGAGAACAAGGCAAACUGGGUGUAUGAGUACUGGUUAAAUGACAUGUACCUGAAUAACAGACUGGCUUUGCCCGUCAACUCCAGUCCUGUGAUGGUCUUCCCACAGCAGCACUUCAGGGCUCCCAUCGACUCUUUAAGGUUUGCGGCACACUUGAUUUCUGGAGUUCUUGAGUACAAGACUCUUCUUGACUCUCGUUCCCUACCUGUGGACUACGCGCGCGGCCAGCUGGCAGGAACCCCUUUGUGUAUGGAGCAGUAUUAUCGCCUCUUCACUUCCUACCGCCUGCCGGGAACUGAGAGGGACACGCUGGUGGCCCAGGAGAGUAGCGUGAUGCCAGAACCUGAACACAUCAUUGUGGCUUGUAAAAACCAGUUCUUUGUUCUGGAUGUGGUGAUCAACUUCCGCCGGCUGAACGAGAGAGACCUCCUGACUCAGCUGGAGAAGAUCACCAGGAUGACUGACAGCGAAGAAGAACAUCUCCCACCCAUUGGUCUCCUCACUUCAGAUGGACGGACAGAGUGGGCUCAGGCUCGCAGUGAACUAAUGAGAGAGUCUACCAACAGGGACUCUCUGGACAUGAUUGAGCGUUGUAUGUGCCUGGUCUGUCUUGAUGACCCCUCUGGGCCCGAGCUAAGUGACACCACACGGGCAAUGUUGAUGCUGCACGGUGGAGGAGUGGCCAAGAAUGGGGGCAACCGCUGGUAUGACAAGCCCAUGCAGUUUGUUGUAGGAGCUGACGGCUGCUGUGGAGUCGUGUGUGAACACUCAGCAUUUGAGGGAAUUGUCCUUGUGCAGUGCACCGAGUAUCUACUCAAAUAUAUGAUUGGCAGCCCAUCAAAGCUGGUCAGAGCUGCAAGUGUGAGCGAGCUGCCUGCACCCCGCAGACUCCGCUGGAAAUGUUCUCCAGAGAUUCACAAACUCCUCUCCUCUUCUGCUGACAAACUACAGAGGCAGGUGAAACAUCUCGAUAUGAAUGUCCACAAAUUCUGUGAUUAUGGGAAAGAGUUUAUCAAGAAGCAGAAAAUGAGUCCUGACGCCUACAUCCAGGUUGCUCUUCAGUUAGCCUACUACAGAUGUCACGGCAGACCUGUGUCGACCUAUGAGAGUGCUUCUAUACGCCGGUUCAAGCAGGGCAGGGUGGACAACAUUCGCUCUGCCACACCAGAAGCCCUGACCUUUGUCAAAGCAAUGACUGAUGGGAAACUGUACACAAGUGAUAAAGAAAAGAUGGAGAUGUUACGCAGUGCUAUAACCACGCAGACUAAGUAUACCAUUCAGUCCAUUACAGGGAUGGGAAUAGACAAUCACCUAUUAGGACUACGUGAACUUGCCCAUGAACUGAAGAUGGAGAAGCCGGAGAUUUUCAAAGAUGAAGCCUUUCUCAUCAGUAAUCAGUUCAUUCUCUCUACAAGUCAGGUUCCUACUACCGUUGAGAUGUUCUGCUGCUACGGACCCGUGCUUCCAAAUGGAUAUGGAGCGUGCUACAACCCUCAGUCAGACCACAUUAUCUUCUCAGUGUCCAGUUUCCUCGACAGCGCACUGACAUGUUCAGCAGAAUUUGUCAAGUGUCUGGUUGAGGGACUCAUGGACAUAAGGGAUCUGUGCAAUAAAUGUAACUCCAGCUCUGAUGUAACGCAGAAAGAACAGGGUCAGACUCUAGAGACACACACACAAACAGAAACAAACUGGCAAAGGAAAACACCGCAGGGACCAGCGGAUAACACCGAGACUCAGCAAACACUGCCACAGGUUGUGCUGAGGAAGCCAAACCAGACUAAAGUGGAGGUUCAAACCCAAACUCCACCUGUGAUGUCACAGGCGGAGACACAAGCUUUGAAGAACGGAAGUAAAUCAUAGGAAACAGUCACCGGCAGUAAAAAGAGUUGUCGAAUUUGGUGCUGCCACAAUGUAUUCCACAAGUCAUUUACAAAAUGCACUGUAACUGUGAUACAAAGUGUUAUGUAAAGCUGUUUUGUUGUGUGAUGUAAAAUGUAUUAAGUGCUGAUGAUAAUCUAAUCAACUUUUUCUUAGGGAAUAUUAGAGAUGUUUGUUUAUAUAUAUGUUGUUUUCUGCUGUUGUCACACACAAAAACAUACAGCAGUCAUUUAAAUGUCUGUCAACAUGCCUUCGUGUGAACUUAAAAUUGUGAGAUUGUGUUGUUGUUUUGCACUAAAUUAUUUGCCAAAGAAAAUGUAAUUUAUUUGUAAUUAUUAGGUAAUGAGCAAAAGUAGUCAGUGUUUUAUGGUCAAUGGCUGAUGUCUCACUAUUUAAACGUACAUAUGGCAUGCUGCUAGAGACACACAAGACAUUUGAUAGUUUGUGUUACACAAUAAUUAUCAAUUUAUUAAAAUAAUUUGAAGGGAUUCUGAUUAUCUUAUAAAAGAAUGUUAAAUGUGACCAUAAGUGUGUAUUUUUAAAUGUAUGAGCAUAAUAUAUAAAUUCAGUUAUUUAUUUUUGUAUGAAAUAAACUAAUGUUACAAAGUGUAAAUGUACGUUUUAAAAGUAAGUAUGUGAAACUUAC